AUGAAGUUUGGUAAAACAUUUGAGAAAUCUAUGGAGGAUCAUCAUAUCCCUAAAGAAUGGAUAGAUUCUUCAAUUCAUUAUAAACUAUUAAAGAAAAAAAUUAAUAAAGUUGUUGAAGAAAUGGAUCAUGUUGGAUUAACUCAUGAAGUUAUAAAUGAUAAACAUUUGUUAUAUUAUUAUACGUUCCAAGAAGAUCCAAAACAUCAAAUUUUACCUAAUUUAAAAGCUGAUGAAGAAUAUGGUGCUAGAGAUGAUUCAAGUAUAAAUGAUAAAAUGUUAACUUUACAUUCAGAUAUAUUAUUUUUUCAAGAUUUAUAUCAACAAUAUUUAUCAUUAUUAAAAUUUAAUAAGAUUCAAAGUUCAUUGAUAUUGGAUAGAAUUCAACAAUUAAGUAUAUUAAUUAAGAAAUUAACUAAUGGGAAUAAUAAAAAUAAAAAUGAUAUGUAUCUUUGGAGAGAAAUUUUUAAUAAGUAUGUUGAAUAUAAAUUAGAUUUAAAAUCACAAUUUAAUUCUAAAAACUUGGAAAUAUUUGUUUCAAAUGUUAAAGAAAAUAAAAUUUUAAAAAAAUUUAAACAUACAAAGCAAAAUACUGAAUAUUUUCAAACUUUUUAUGAUUUGAAUUUAGAAUUAUUAAAAUUUUUGUCAUUUGAAAAUUUAAAUACAAUAGCUAUAAGGAAAAUUGUUAAAAAAUUUGAUAAAAAUACAUUAUUAAACAGUUCUAAAAAUUUCAACAAGAUGAUAGUUUUUGAAAAAUCAUCUUUAUCAACAUCAACUAUAGAACAAGUCAUUUCAACAGAUAUAGUUAAACUAGUACCACAAUUAGAUGAUUACCUAUGUCCCAUUUGUUUCACAAUUGCUUAUAAACCAAUCAGAUUACAAUGUAAUCAUUUUUUUUGUAUUAGAUGUAUGAUUAAAUUACAAAGAAGAAAUGAACCAAAAUGUCCUAUAUGUAGGGAUAAAGUUGUUAUGUUUGCUACAGAGGCAAAUUUGGAUUAUGAAUUAAUGAAGUUUUUAAAAGAGAAUUUCCCCAAGGAGGUUAAACAAAAGCAAAAUCAAAAUGAAAAAGAAGUUACUGAAGAGACAUUAAGUCAAUUAUAUGAGAAUGAAAAAUUCGGACUAGCAGCAUUUGAUGAUAACAAGAUCAAACAAUAUUCAGAACUAGGACAAUCUUUAUAUGAUAAAAAAAUCAAAGAAUUAACAACACAAUUACAAUUAUUCAAAUCAAUUUUAUUAAAUUUUUUAAAAGAACAUAAUGAAGAAUUAUCUCAUGAUUUAAAACUUCGAAAUGAAUUCAUUCAAAUUUGUAAAACCGUAGGGAUUGAUCCUUUACAAAUAUAUAACAAGACAGAUUCCAAAAUGAAUGAAUUUUAUUUUGAAUUAUGUGUUCGGAUUAUUGAAUUUAGUAAUUCAAUGCAAAAAAUUAAUGGUGGAUUAUUACCUGUUAAGGAUUUCCUUUCAAAUUUUCAAGAACUAGGUAUAACUUUUAAAGAUGUUGAAAUAUCAGUUAAUUUAUUAUCUAAAUUAAAUCCAGAAUUUAAAUUAAUUCAAAUUGGUUCAAAAUUUUAUAUAAAGAAUUUUAAUAUUGAAUUAACAAAUGAUCAAAAUAUGGUUUUAGAAGCUGUUAAUAAUAUUGGAUAUAUUUCAGUUUCUAUCCUAAGAGAUAAUUUUGGUUGGAAAUUGUAUAGAUCUCAAACUAUUUUGGAUGAAAUGAUAGCAAAUGGGUAUCUUUGGUUAGAUAUUCAUAAUGGUGAAUCUUUAUAUUGGGAUCCAGCAUGGAUAAAUAAGAUGGAAUGA